UAUUGUAAUGUAACUUUACAGCAUGACCAGAACUGUCUGGGAAGGAAUUAUAUCAUAUGCAUUGGUCACAUAGGCUACUUUCAGUUCAUUUCAUCACUGCCAAACUCCAACAUUGCUGUUGUAAUCCCAAAUAACUACUUAAAUCACAAUGGCUAUUGUCAGAAACAUUAAAACAUGAACAAAAGUUGAAGGAACAUAGAUAAUUUAUACAGUCCCAAAUGGCACCCUAAGUGUGGUCUUCCUCAAAGUUCAUACUUUGGCGAUUUCAGCAACAUGCAUGUCCUCAGGAGCUUCUUUAAAAUCGUACAUGUGGGAAAGACUAUUCUGUACCUAACAAUAACCUGAAAUUAGUAUCAAGAGUUACUACUGUUAAUUCCUCUACAACUAAUAAUCCUGUGAUAGAUGAAAAUACUGUGCGAUUUUCCAUGAUUCUCUUUCACUAAAUAUUGUAUAUUGUGUAUUGUACUGUAUAUUGUUCACUGUAUAUGUAUAUUGUGCUACAACAGAGCUGAAUUACCUCUGUACCAGAUGCAUGUACCACUUGUCAUGUGACAAUAAAAAUAAUCAAUCAAGUGCAGUUUCAAAGAUAUAAUAAGCACAGAUGUAGCACAAUAACUGGAUUACAAUAUUUACAUUUUGUACUUUUUAUGCAGAUUUUACAUUUAUUUUAGAAAUGUAAAGUAUAUCAUUAAUUUUACUACAUGACCUGUACAUAAUUAAUAUUACUUUAUUUCAAUAUACAGAAGUACUUAAAUGUUCCAGGGAUCCAUAUGUUUAUUCUUUUAACCUAUACAAACAUUUUAGAUGUUUGCCUCAUUCAUUGACUCAGGCCUCAGUCAUUAUCAUGAUACUCUUCAAACUGACAGCAUAAUUUCUAUUAUUAUUUAUCAUAAUCAAUUAUAUUGAUAUAUAUCAUGAUAAAUAUUGAUCGCCCCCUCCCUGGCGACGUCUUCUGUUUUGUUUUUUUCCUGGUCUUUGUUACAUCUGCUUCCUUGUUUUGGUUUUGGCAUCUCCUACUUUAUUUCUCUGCCCCUUAUAAAAUUCACCUGUGUCUUGUUAAUUAAAGAAUUAAUAGUUAAUUUUUGUAUUUAAGCCUGUGUUUUUUUUACCCAUGUGGUCAGUUAUUUUGUACAUUUCGUAUCCUUUUACUAAGUAUAUUAGUUUUGUGCUCUUCAUUGUUCUAGUCUGUCAGAAUACUACUUUCUGAUGUGCAGGAAGUGGAAAAGAAUUUCUGUUUUAUAGUGUAGCCUAGUGGUAAAAUAACUUUUAUUCUUGUUUUUACAACAUAGAUUUUUAUUUUUACUCUGUUUAUUUUAAAUUAAUACUGGCAUGAUGUCAAUCAUGCACCUUAGAUUUGCAUUGUGGGAAGUGUGUGUUCAGUUUGAUGUUGGACUACGAUGGCUACUAAUUUGGUAAUCAGCCAAUUAUACUGUCCUUCUAAUAACCUUCAAAGAAGAAGCAGUUGAAACAACUCUGUAAAAAAGGAUUCUUCUAUCCUGUUUUGGUUCAGAUACUACAGGCCUCACAUAUAUAAUAUUCUGGCCUUUAACAUUUCACACUACACAUGCAUACAUUAAUAAUAAUAAUAAUAGUAAUGAUACCCUUUCCAUUUUAAGUCAUCUUAAUGCCUUUUUGGCUUACCAAUGCUACAGUUGCAUGACUCAAGGUGUGUUUAAUGCAAAAAUGAUAUAUAUGACAGUAAUUCAGGGCAAUCCCUUUGCCUAUUUUGGUAUAUAUAAAUGAGGCACCAGUGUGCCAGCAUUUGUUUUUAGAUAGUUGAAGCUUAUUAAUCAAUUCCACUUAAAUCAGCUGUUUUGAUGUUGCACAACAAUUUCACAAAUCAAACCUAGAGUAGCUUAUGCUACUUUCGUGGCAGUCAAAUCUGCACUCAUUUGUAUGAAAUGAUGAUGAAUAAGGGCUAUUGUGUUUUGCACCACAAAGGAACAAUAUCUAUGUUUAUCUAUGGAAAUAAGGUUUUUCUGGGAGCCAAUAAUGUGUAUGUGCAUAUCUCCAUUUAAUCUUCACUUCCCUACCUCUCGCUUACCCUUCCUGUUAUGUGUCUACCUCUCUCUUCUUGUAUAGGGGUUGAUGGAGAUUUGGUCGGAUGACAGCUGGAACUGUUGUCAUAACUGGAUGAAUUCUCGCCACUGUGAUACCCCUGUGUAUCAUUGCGGUGCUCUGUUACUGUCAACUCCAGUAUUACUGCUGUAAGAGGAAUGACUCUGAAAGGCACAAGGGGCCCCGAGGGGCCCCGAAGCCACAAUUUGCCUGUAACGCAUGCAGUGCCCCAGCUAUGGAUGGGGCAGCUGUUACUCCGCUGGUACUGCCCUAUGAGCCAACCCCAUCUCACAGCUACUGCCCUAACUGCACACCCUACUACACCAGCAAUGUUCGAAAUGGAGGGAAGCAACUGGCCUUCAUGCCGGGUCUUUAUGAGAACACUGGCACCACGGCCAUACUGAAGGGCCCCAUGCUGAUUCUAUGCAGCCCCAAAGACUCAUACACCAAUACACGAGCCAUCAGCACUGAUGUCUGAUCCCCACCCAUUCCACACAGCAGAAGCAGAGCACAGGGAACCAGCCCAGGUACAGAGGUCGCACCCUAUGUUUUUCUGUGUGUUGCACUCAGUUUUGACAGAGACAGAGAACACUAUGAGCUUCAUGAUGGAUGGGGUAACUGUGGUUUAUUUUAAAUCUUUUAAAAUGUAUUUUAAAGACUCCUACAGUGUCAUUCAGUUGGAAGUCGGUGGAAGGCAAACAUUCACUGACCUGCUCUGAUAGAAUCAUCAUUGUUCA